AUGAGUAAAUUGCGUAAUUUAAAUCGUCAAUUUAUAUCGAAUUUAAAGACCCAUGAAGUUGUUACCGACGCAAAGCGGAAUUUGAUCUUAUCUAUCCUAAAAUCGACAACUACCAAAAGAGAGGCUAGAAAUUACUUAGAGAAGUAUCAGAGUCAAUUUGACUUUUCAGACAUUACUUUCGGGAACAAGCCAAAGCAGAGUACUUCAUUGGAGCGAAGAGACUCCCAAAGAGAGCUAUUCAUUAAUAGAUAUUUAAAUAAACAGAAUCCCUUUGUUGGCAUAUAUGAAGAUGAAGCUAAAGUGGACAAGAUACCUUUGAGAUUGGCUAUAUUGAAGAUUAAGUUCACUACCAUUCUGGUUCCUAACUGGUUAGGAAUUGCUGAAACUUUGAAAAGACUAGUCCAUUUGGGUAUAUCUCCGAUUAUAAUAUUGGACUAUGAUCAUUUGCCCAGAGAAAACUUUAAAAAUGUAGAGUUGUUUACUAUAGAACAGGCAAGUAAGGUGGUGCAGUAUAUAAGUAGAGCCGCAUCUUCUUCAUCGUCUUCAUCGUCUUCUCCUUCUGACGAUACAUUGGACUCUACAUUGCAGGCUAGUGUAACUAGAUCGCUUUUCACUAAAGCAAAAGAAGGCGGUCUCGAUAUGAUGAGUAUUGAGCAAAUUUUGAUCCCUUUGUAUCAGGGGAUAAUACCAAUUAUUCAACCUAUAGUUUACAACCCCUCUACCACAUAUCAAGAUAUAGUUGAUACUGAUGAAAUCUUGUAUACUUUGUGCUCCCUGUUAUUAGACACAAAUUCUCUAUUAUCGAUUGAGAAAAUUAUUAUGAUUGAUCCCACAGGAGGUAUACCAUCCAUCGAGAGACAGCAUUCUAGUCAUGUAUUCAUAAACUUAUCGCAAGAAUACUCAGAUAUAGUCAGUGAAUUGUACAUUGGACACAUUCACCCGACAAAGAGAGAUUUGCAUUUAAAGAAUUUGAAGACAAUGAAUAAGAUUUUACAAUUAUGCUUCGCUAAGUCUGGAAAUGAUGAUGCUACAGGAAUCAUAACGACUCCAGAUAUUAUGGCCAUAAACAACGAUCAAUUGAAUCCUAUUAUUUAUAAUGUUCUCACUGAUAGGCCAGUAAUCUCUUCCUCGUUACCACUGUCCAGACAGCUAACUCCGCAGUUAUCAACAUCAAUUUUGAAGAAGGGUAUGGAUGUGAACAUUAUUGACGAAAGUCUGUAUCCUCAUAGAUUCACAUUGAAUAACUUAAUUAGAGAUAAUGUAAUUGAUCAAGAGAGACUAGUAGGAUUGUUAAAUGAUUCAUUUGGGAAGCAAUUGAUCUCUGACGAAUACUUCAAAAGAAUAAAUUCUAACAUUAAGAGCAUAAUUAUUAUUGGAGAUUAUGAUGGGGCUGCUAUCAUUACUUGGGAAGAGCAUUCAAAAGGCCAUGAAUCUGCACCAGAAGUUACUACUGCAAUUGCUGGUAAUAAUAAAAAGGGGAAGAUUGCUUACUUGGAUAAAUUUGCAAUUGCAAAGAGGAACCAGGGCUUACCUGGCUUGGCUGAUGUUGUGUUUAAGCAAGUACUUCAGAACAGUCCACAAGAGUUAAUAUGGAGGUCCAGGAAGGUCAACCCUGUGAAUAAGUGGUACUUUGAGAGAUGUGUUGGGUGUACUAGUUCACCCGAGAGUCAAUGGAAAAUCUUUUAUACGGGUGAUAUAUUUAACAAAAGAAUUACGAAGAGUAAUGGUUUCUAUAAGGCCCAUGACAGAAUUGACAUUUCAAAGAAAUUAGAAGUAUAUCUGGACAUAUGUGAACAAAUAGUACCCUCAUUUCAAAAGUAG